AUGACAUCAACCAACAGCGCCCCUGACCUAACCCUGCCGCCCACACCUCAACUCCCACCCCCAACCACUACCGGGUACGUGGACCUAGCCACCGGCAACGCUAUCUGGUAUGCCACAUUCGGCCCUAGCCUGGCCGAUACAUUGGCCCGCCAGCGAAUUCCCAUUGUAUUUCUCCACGGGGCACUUGCCAACUCGGACUGGUGGGGUCAUCAGAUCGCCUUCCUCCUCCGUCACUAUGCCGACAACGCCGAGGACGCAACCACGCUCAUCACCAUCGACCUGCGCUUCCUCGGCCGCUCCACCUAUGGCCCUUAUACCGGUGGCGGUGACGACGACAACGAGUCCAGCAGCUUCCCCGUGACCUUUGCCCUCAAGACGGCCGACACCAUGGCGGUGCUGGACCACCUCGCCAUCCCGCGCGCCGCGGCCGUCGGCUGGAGCAACGGGGCCGCCGUCCUCGUCGACGCGCUGACCAGACACCCGGCGCGGAUCGAGCGCGCCCUGCUGCUCGCGGGCUUCUUUGACGCCGACACGUCGCUCUACCACUCUCUGCCGCCGCCGCCCCCUUCUUCGGCGUCGGCACAGUACGAACCCCGCACCCUGGCCGAGAUGCUCAGGCUGUCCCGGACGCCAGACCUCGUCCCCGCCGUGAGGGCCGCCUACGGCGCAGAGUUCGCCAGGGAGCCGCACUGGGGACCCGCCGACUUUGCGAGGAUCCCGGCGAGGCGUCGCGGCGGAGACGGCGGUGGUGGUGGUGAUGAUGAUGAUGAUGAUGGUCAUGGCCCGCUGGUCUGGUUCGUCGAGGGUCAGUGGGAGGAGGUGGUCGUCCGCGGGACCGCCGCCGUCAUGGCGGGUUGGGUUGCCGGCAGCAACGUGGUUGUGUUGCCGGGGGUUAGUCACUAUGCGUGA